GGGAACGCAACUAACCCUGCUACACGUGUAAAAUACGUGGAUCACCCAUGUGCAUGUAUUGUUGAUGGUGUUGGUUAGUAGGAUAUAAACUAUGCUAUGAAAAACAGCUUCAUAUAGCAGGCUACAGUUGCGUCAUUUGUUCUAUAAACACUAUUCAUAGUGAAUAGUAUUUCACUUUGCUGUCUGAGGAGCACUGUGGUAAGAAUUGACCAACACCAUCAUGUUGCGAACGAAGAGGCACCACUUUUGAAGUAGGGCGGGCCUUCUCUUGUUACUGUGGGGGUGUAGUAGACUACUAACCUAUACAGGCAAAGACAAUCAAGACCAGGGUGAGUUUUUUAUGUUCAGGCUGCGGUCAGGGAGGUGAGGCCCGGCAUUUACCCUACACUGGCCUCCUCGCCAAUCUUCCUAUCACAACAGUUACAGGCAUUAUAUGGAUUUCAACCGAACGUUUAUCAUAAUAAACUAUAUUGGUAUAUAAAUUGAUUUACGUAGGAGAGAGAACGAGUGGAAAAGAAGGUUAAAUUGGGAAGCUGAGGGGAGGAUGGAAAACUCGAAAUCGCAAAUGCCCAACCUAUCGCAGGAGGCUGGGGGUGGUCUGGGUCUGGGUAGCCCUGUUGGUGUCAGACUAGAGGCUGUGAUGGAGCAGCUCCAGAGACAGCAGGAGGCCAAGCUGGAGAUGGACCGGCAGGAGAAACACCUCCGCCAGGCCCAGAUGAUGUUCAUUAAACACGUAACUGCCACCCGGAACACUGGAGCCCCCCUGGACUCUGCCUUCCUGGGCAAACGGGUGGAAGGAACCGGGACAGGAAGGACCCCUCAGAUGGGUCGGCAACAGACCGAGGCUGGUGGUAGUAACACCAACACUCAAAGUGGUGUGCAUAGAGAGAACGGAGAAGAGGGACUGGGAGGUGAAGGGUCAGAGGAAGAUGAUGAGGAAGAAGAAAGGAUGGCAUAUGAAGAAGAGAACAGUGAGGAUGAGGAUGAUGGUGGCCACAUGACGAAGAUGUCUCCACUCCAACAGGAUAGUUCCUUAUCUUUUCCUCUGUAUUCGACCUCUCCGUCAGCGGCUGCUGAACACAGCGCCCUUCCUAUGAAUCUAAAGCAAGAGUCUGAGGAGAAGGACCAGUCUACCACAGAACAACACUCCUUCACAUCGUCCAAUGGAUUUGGAGAUUGGAGCUUUGAUGAUGGACCAUUCAAACAAAAAGGCAGUGUGGGCUGGGCGGAGGAGAAUGAAGGAGGCAAAACAAGAGGAGAGCCGUCCAGAGACUUCGCCAAGCUGUAUGAAUUGGACAGUGACCCAAACCGGAAGGAGUUCCUUGAUGAACUGUUUGUCUUCAUGCAGAAAAGAGGCACCCCGGUGAACCGCAUCCCCAUCAUGGCGAAGCAGAUUCUGGACCUGUACAUGCUCUACAAGCUGGUGACGGAGAAGGGCGGCCUGGUGGAGGUCAUUAACAAGAAGAUCUGGAGAGAGAUCACGAGAGGACUCAACCUGCCCACCUCCAUCACCUCAGCAGCCUUCACCCUCCGCACACAGUAUAUGAAGUACCUGUACCCGUACGAGUGUGAGAAGAAAGGGCUGAGCUCUCCAGGCGAGCUCCAGGCUGCUAUAGACGGUAACCGGAGGGAAGGCCGAAGACACAGCAACAGCCUGUACCACUUCUCCCCCUCCACCACCCCUGGCCACCCCCACCACUCCCUCCUCUCUCCCCCCAAGAUGCCCCACCACUCCCUCCUCUCCCCCCCCAAGAUGGCCCACCACUCCUCAGCUGGUCACAACGGCCUGCACACCUCCCCCAGCCCAUCUCUGAAAAGAUCCACAGAGGAGAUUUCAACCCCCAUGCUUCCAAGCCGUCUACCCAUGGCCCAUGCUCUCUCCCUAGGGCAGCAGCAGCAGCUAGCCCAGGCCGCCACCUUGGAGCACCUUCGAGAGAAGCUGGAGAGGGCUGCUGGCGGAGGAGAGGGUCCAGACAUGAAGAUGGCUCGUUUGGCCAUGGAGGAACAGCAGAGAGUGAUGCAACAGGCGUUCCAACAGAACCUUCUGGCUAUGGCCUCUCACUUCAACCCCGGCAUGAAGCAACUCAAACUCAACAACAACAGAAACGAGAGUACCACUGAACAAGACCUGUCUCUCAGUAUUUCCAGUAGUGGGGCAGCCAGCAUCAGUGUGUCUGUGGAGGUCAAUGGAACUCUAUACUCAGGAAUGCUGUUUGCCCAGAAGACUCCUGGUGCAGCCUCUGUGAUGUCAGAGACAGUGGCUCCUGCUGGACAGAGUGGUUUUGGUGUCCUCUCCUCCUCUCAGAGCCCUUCCUCCGCAUCCUCCUCUUCCUCCAAGGGGCCAAACUGAGCAUGGUGCUCCCUCAGUCUCUCUCCAGUGUUACUCAUGUUAUUCUAUUGGCCUUGAGGACAAAUUAGUGCUCAAUCAAAUACCUCUUCUUUAGUCAAACUGAAUUUGUCUGUGUUACUGACGACAAAUAUGGGAGUGGAAAAUCAAAGGAAUUUACCUUAAAAAACGAAUUUACUUUUUUAUUAAUAAGUUCAUUUUUUUCUAAUUCCACCCCUGACAACCAAUCAACUGUUGUACAAUCACUUUAUCUUUUGUAUUGAACACAAAUGCAUUUUGGGAGAAAUCUAAAUUAGAACCAGGUGAAGAGGCACAUUUUGUAUUCUGCAAUGUUUUUAUUUUUUUUUUAUUUCUUUUAAUUUCACGUAUUACAAAAAAGUGCUGUUUUCUUUGUAUACCUCAAUUCAUUGGCUGUGAGAGCUACAGUAUUAGUAAAGAACAGUUUCCCUUAUUGCCACAUCACAAACUGCUUGUGAACCGACUAAUCUAUUUAAGUCAUGUAAGGAGGACUCACAAUUGGAUUUUAGUUUAUUUUCUAAACCUUUAGAAUAAAGCAAAAAAAAGCAUGAUUUGAAAAGGUUUGUGAAAAAAACAUUUUUUAUUUUUUUUGUGUGUUUUUGUUUUUACAUCAAAAUACUGUGUGGUGAUUGGCUAUACUCUGGAGCCGAUUAGUUGUCUACCUCAUUUGAUGGUUUUAACAUUAUGUUGCCGUCACUUCUGUUUACGAUAUGUUAUUAUAGCCAUCAGCAGGACAAUAUGGAUGCCAAUAAGGACUUUCAACCGGUGCGUUCAUUUUAACUCGCCUUUGUCGUCGGUUGGGUGGAGUUGGCACAUUUUAGACCAUCCUAAAGUGCACGCCCCCCCUGUUCCCAGGCAGGGUGAGGUGAAACUGAUGCACCCAAAAGUCAUGUUCUCUUACAAUUAGCUAAAGGUAAACAACUGGUAACAGCUCAGAGACGAGCUGUUUUGUAAAACAGGAAACGAUACACGUCUUACCUCAUUUAAAGGGGAAGUUCAGUAUUUUACAACUUGAUGUUUACAUUGUUCCUCACCCUGAACGUAGUCUAUGGCCCUGGAGAAACUGUCCUUUCAGGGUGAGGAGCCAUCUAGCGUUUAAGUUGUAAAAUACUGAACUUCCCAUUUUUAAGGCAUUUCCAUCUCGGGAAGUGAUUUUCUCAGGAACUCACAGGACCAGGGUAGUCUGUCUUAGAAUACUCUUCAGGAAAAUAGUUCAGUUUUCAUACAGUGGGACACUGAAAUAGGUCUACCUCACUUGUGACAUCUGUGUCAUGGGAGCUGGGUUGUGUUCAUUAGCGCAAAAUGCUUUGAAAGUAGUUGGCUGGGGUGGGGGGCUCAGCUACCUGUCUAUCUUUCGAACCAGUCAUUGGUCAGGGACCUUAUUUAAUAUGAUAAUUCUGUAUGUACAAUCAUGGGGCCAUAAUCAUAGCCUGGUAAAACCAUACUGAACGAAUGCUGUGUCAGUGUUUCCAGAUCAGCGUUAUCUCACUUUGCGAAAACAUUCAGUCUGGUUUAACCAGGCUAACAAUCAUGUAUAACUCACACUGCAAACUACACAAAUCACACAAAAUGCCUCAAUCACCAGCUAGCUGCAUUAUAUACCAAAGACCUGAUGUAUUGAUAGGAAAUGAUUCAAAUGUUUUUGGUGUUUGUUCACUCAGUGUAUUCUUAUGUGGACAAGAGAAACUAAAUAAACUUGAGGAAAUAAG